AUGCUCAGCGUACUCACCAUGAUGAGCCUGCUUCUCACAUCAACAAACUUGCUGCAGCUUCUCGCACUCUGCAACUUGCUUGAUCUCGCCUCUGAAACUGCUGCUGCCGCCGCCGUUGGGCCGCAGUACCUUGCAUAUCUCCCAAAGCGGCAGGCUGACGUAAGUGCCAGCGCGAUGGCGGCGCCAAACGUUACGAGUUCCGCAGGUGCUGCUCGCACCGUGACCGCGACGCUGUUCGUGCCCAGCCUUGGUGCCGACGGUCGCAUAGCGAGUGUCAGCUACUGGAACACGGGCAACAAUGGCACGACGGUGUACAAGGUGCUGUACACCAAUGCUGCCAGUCAAACUGCAACCGCCGUGCUGCUCGAGGAUUCGCGCGCGGCGCAGAUCAUCUCCGUGCAGCGCACACUAGCAGCAACAGCAGGGGACACGGUCGCAGCCGGCGCUAGCUGUGGCUUCGACGAUGGGUUCGGUGCGCAGGGCUACUGUGCGAACUACCAGGUCGUGUCCGGCAGCACCAGCACCUUCUUCACUGGCGGGACACGCAUCACUGCAGCAACGACCGUGACGAACACGCUCGGAACGCGCACAUCCAGCGCAAAACCCAGCGCCAGUGCCGGCGCAGACAACUCGGCGCCCACAGUGAUCCGAAAGAGCCUUGUGGCUGCCGCGGCUGGCUCCAUUGCUGCGCUGCUCGUGGCCAUGGACUGUUAUUUUUAG